AUGGCUCCUCCUCUCCGCUUAGCGAUUCUCGAGUGCGACACUCCUCAACCCCAGACCAAGGCCAAGUUUGGCUCCUACUCUGGAGUGUUCAAAGCCUUACUCAACGCCGCCUGCCAGACGCUCGACGAACCGAAGAAAGACCUAGAGGACUUGGGUGUUACAGUGACGUCGCACGACGUUGUCAACGACCUGAGCUCAUACCCUAAGCUUGAAGACGUUGACGCCCUGUGGUUGACAGGCUCCAGGCACACUGCCUUCGAUGACGACCCGUGGAUAUUGAAGUUGGUCGAGUAUGUCAAGGCUGCCCUUGACAGUGGUCGGGUGAAGGUGGUCGGAAUCUGCUUUGGUCACCAGAUUGUUGGCAGGGCGGCUGGAGCGAAUCUCGGAAAGAGUGAUAAGGGUUGGGAAGUUGCAGUCACAGACGUUGAGCUCACCGAGAAGGGCAAGGAGAUUCUGGGACUCGAGAAGAUGCGGAUACACCAAAUGCAUCGAGAUAUUGUGUACAACUUUCCUCCCGAGUCGAUCCCUCUCGGAUCUAACGACAUCUGCACCGUGCAGGGGAUGUACCUGCCGAAGAAGUAUAUUACGGUCCAGGGCCACCCCGAGUUCACAGACGAAAUUAUAUCCGAAAUCUUGUUUAACCGCCAUAAGGUCGGCAUCUUUAGCGAUGAGGUCUACGCUGAUGGCAUAAAACGGGCGCCUAUUCCCCACGAUGGUGUUGCUAUCGCAAGAGCCUUCCUGAAAUUCAUUUAUGAAGGCUAG